GAACCCUCGCGCCGCCGCGGCCUCAGUCGCUGCCGACAUGUCUGCGAGCGCGCCCGCACUGCCGCGCACACUCGCCGCGCUCGCGCUCAUAGCGCUACACGUCACUCAUGGAGCUGACAUAUCCUGCAGUAGAGACGGUCUAUUCGCGGACUACGACACGGAUUGUCGGGAGUAUGUGAAGUGCGCCGGCGGCGCGGUGUCGGGCCGGUACAGCUGCACGGCGGGCCGCGCCUUCUCCGAGCCCGCGGGCGCGUGCGUGCCGCGCCGGCGCCAGCCCUGCACCCGCCGCGUGUGCGCGCCCGGGGACGCGCUGGCCUACGCCACGCCCGGCACCGCCUGCCGCCACUACUACCGCUGCGACAACGGCACCGCCGUCGACCACUCGUGCCCCGCGGGCGCCUGGUUCGACCUCGCCCGGCAGGCGUGCUCGCGCGGCGCCGGCACCUGUUACGAGCCGCUGUGCGCCGGCCUACCCGACGGCUCGUACCCGGACUCAUCACACGAGUGUCGCCGGACCAAGCAGUGUCGCGGCGGCGAGCUGCGCAGCGUGAUCUCGUGCGCGGGCGGGCCGUGCGUCGAGUCCUGCCCGCCGGCGCGCUCCACGGCGAUCCCGAUCCCGGCCGGCGAUGCCGACUUCUGCUCCGACGAGGCCUGCUCCUCCCUGUGUCAGCACGCCGAGGACGGAGCCUACGCCGAUCGCACGACCGCGUGCCGAGAGUACUUCGUGUGCGAGUCGCGGCGAGUGAUCCGGCGCGGCGUCUGCGAGCCCGGCCUGAUGUUCUGGCAGGGCGGCUGCGUGGCCGCGGAGCGAGCCGAGUGCCCGGCGCCGGCCCGCAGCCCGUGCUUCAACCGCGCCGACGGGCUGUACCGGGACUGGCGCGACUGCUCCUCCUGGUACGACUGCCACCGCGAGCGCGUCAUCGCGCGCGGCUCCUGCGACGCGGGGCUCGUGUUCGACGGCGCCGCCUGCGUGCCCGCCGGGGCCUUCUCCUGCGAGGGCCCGGAACGCUCGGCCACGUGCGAAGGACUGCCGAGCGGAACCUAUCAGGACUUCGAGACCAACUGCACGAAGUAUUUCUACUGCAAAGGCGUGUUGCGGACGAUGCUGUCGUGUCCGGCGGGAAAAGUGUUCAACGGGGCGCGGUGCGUGCCGGCCGGGCAGUAUCUGUGCCCUAGUUUGGAGAAGGACUCGUGUUACGGCCGGGCGGACGGUCGGUACCGGCCGGCGGACACGGGCUGCCGCGGGUACUACGCGUGCUUCAGCGGGGAGAAGGCGGUGUACGCGUGCGCGGCGGGCCGCGUGUUCGACGGCGAGGGCUGCGUGCCGGCGCGGCCCGGCGCCUGCCCCGCCGACGACUACUCCUGCGCCGGACUGGCGGACGGGUACCACGCCGAGAUACAAACCGGUUGCCACAGAUACUUCUACUGCGAGGGUGGCGACAAACUGGCGACCCUCUCCUGUCUCGGCGGCAAGAUAUUCGACGGGCACUCGUGCGUGGAGCCAGUACACCACGAGUGCGGCGCGCCGCCGCGGGAUUCCUUCGAGAACGGCGGCAACACCUGCGAACGCGACGGCUUCUUCAUCCUACAAGGCACUGAGUGCAAGCGAUACUACUUCUGUGUCACCGGAGUAAGGACCUACUUGACAUGUCCAGUAGAUCAAGUGUUUAACGGCCAAGUCUGUGUACCGAGAAGCCAAUACUCAUGUCCUGGUUGAGGUGAUACAGAGACUAGUAAGGUCAAGAAGGCUCGCCGUGCCGGGUCGAGGCGCCCGCAGACGCAAGAAGUACCUGAUUAUUUAUUUAUUUAGACUGUGGUCUUGAUGACGUAGCUCAACUUUUUUGGACAAUUUGUAGUUUUUAUUUUCCUGAUCGUACUCGAGAUUGUUAUUGUCCUUCCAAAAAAGUUGCGUAUAGUUUUAGAUAAUUAUUCAAAUGUACACUUUGUUUAGAUAGAACGUUACAACUACCUCGAAUUAUUUAAUGAGAUUUAAUAAUAAACAAUUAUUUCCUUACACUUUUAUUGGCAUAGAAACUUUAAGCAGCCUAUGUAAGUAUAUAUUUCUAGUAAUUAUACAGUGACUAUAUCUUACAGUAUUACUUUACAAACAUAAAAUAAUAAGCUCCGUGAAUAAAAAAAUAAUUCUUCAUUUUGCGUUAAAGAAUAAUGACAUAAUUUAUUAAAGUAACUAGUAUUUAAUACAGACGUUAGACAAAUAAACGAUAAAUAAUGUGUCUGAUUUUAUGAUUAGGUACUUAGACGCCGAUUCUUGCAGACACCUAAUUUUAUUUUAAGUUAUACCCGUCAUUUUCUUA